UGUCCAGAACACAUUAAGUUACCAAAAAAACAGACUGUUAUUAAGGAUUGCAGUGCAGAAUCAUUAUAUCAAUAUUAAAAAUAUGUAAGAUGAUGAUUAACUGGUAUAUUUAGAAAUGUUUACACUAAAUAAGUAUAUCAGAAAUGCACCUCACAAAUAUCUCUCCAGCCUCUAUUUUUUUCUGUUUUUUUGUUUGUUCGCUUGUUUGUUUUGUUUUGUUCUUUGGGCUGCACCGCCCUGCUUGCAGGAUCUUAGUUUCCCGACCAUGGAUUGAACCCAGGCCCUCGGAGUCCACUGGGCUGCCAAGGAAUUCCAUCUCCAGCUCCUUUAUCAAAGAGGAAAUGCUUGCAUAGUAUUUCUGUUUAUUUAGGGAGAUUUAUCCUGCAAUAAAAUACAGUCUAUUGAAAGACGUACAUUUGAACCGCUACCUUUUUUGCAGUUUAUGUCCAGACUGAUGGCUUAUUUUUGUAAAUUCUUUUCAUCGCUUCGUCGGUUUUAACAAUACAAGUUCCAUGACUUUAGAAAACUAAAGGAAUCUACAGUGUCCAAAGAGUACAGAGUACAUUCACAUGCUGGCUUGUCUAUGCUUCCUCCUGAAACUUAGAUAAGAGCAAUUUGUUUCCAUUUGAGGGAGGGGCAGAUGUAUGAUUCUGGAGCAACCUUGGUAAUAGCUGUCUUUUGGCUCCACACCAAAGAAGAGGCGAACCCAGACCAGAUGCUGGCGCUGCCUCAUCACGAGUUGACUGAGACUUUGGUUCCACACCCAAACCCGGAUUCAGCUGCAGAGCUGCUCGCAGGGCCAGAUCAGUUUGCUGUUCCACAUCAGGAUCUGAAUGACAAGCUAACCCAGCAGCAAAAGCUCCCAGCAGCGGCUCCAGUGCUGGACUGGGAACAGAAUCAGGCCUUGGUUCUGCCUUUUCGACGCAAAAGUAAGACUAAAACCAUAGGUCCAGAUCAGGCUGAAGGUCACCAGUUAUUUGAAAUACUUGUUCCUCCUCUAGGUAGUAAGAGCUCAAAACCAACGAAGUUCAUUGAUUCAGCCCCAAACCUGAAGAAGGAUUUCAUUCACCAUCGACAGCUUGCUAAAAUUGUUGUUGGAAGUACAGGCCAGUUAGAAAAUGAAACUCAGGGUCUAGAACAACAGUUGCAGGGUGAUUAUGUAGCUUCCGGUAUGGAUACCAUUUAUCCUGAGGAGAGCCUGCCUACAGAUUUUCUGGGGAACUCAGAGCAACCCCUGGAGCCCCCUAAGGAGGCUGAAAUUUCUGCAUCCCAGCAAGAGGCCCAACUUCGUCAUCCAGAGACCCCCGAGGAGGUUGAAUCUUUUUCACCCCAGGCAGAGGUCCAGGAUGAAACUGCAGAGCCCACUGAAGAGGUAGAAUCACCUCCACUCCAGCAGGAGCCUCCGUCUCAGCCUCUAGAGCUCCCUCAGGCGUUUGAACCUUCCCUACUCCAUCAAGAGGCCCCGACUCAAGCUCUAGGAUACCCCACCGAGUAUGUACUUGAAAGUCCAGUGAGUGAUGAGGCAGCAUCCCUAGCUGGCAUUCAGCAUCACGCGCAUUCAAACGUUCCCAGUGUCACACUUAAACCUCUGGAUUUGGAACUGACCAUCACUCCAGAGCCCACUACGGAAGCUGAGUUUCCUACAGCUCAGCAGGAGUCCCUGACUUCACCUCCUGAGCAUCCUGAGGAGACAGAAUCUUCUGCAACCCAGCAGGAGAGCCCAGGUCAGCCUCUAGAGCCUCUUGCAGAAGCUGAGCCUUCUCCAAGUGAA